AUGGUUUCCUUCACCGAACUCGCCGUUGUGUCAACGGUGCUGGCUGUUGCCUAUGGCCACGGAGUCAUCCUCAACGCCCAGGGCCUAAGCGGCUCACCUGCAAGCGUAGCAUUCAAGGUUAACCCCGAGAUUGCUCGCAACUGCACGACCAUAAACCCAUGCCAGCAAGAUUCCACCAUUAUCUGUGAGGCCGAGAUCCAGGCCAACCUCGUCAACGAGUGCGGCCGAACAGAACUCACCGGCAAUAUUGACAUCGGCGAGGAGACGGAGAACGCGCUGGCUGCUGGUGCCGUCACCCAAGUGAAGCGUGGUACCAACUUGGAGGUUACCAUCCAUCAAGUCAAUGCGGAUGGCGCCGGUCCGUAUUCGUGCGAUCUCGACGUCACCAGCAACGCAGGUCGCCUUAGUGGACAGAUCCCCUUAGUCGUCACCAACAACGUUCCUGGAGUGAACGGCUUUUCUCAGGCCAAAGCCCAGGACUUCGUCAUCAACGUUCAGAUGCCCGAUGAGUUCCAAUGCGUCGGAGUUCGGUGCCGUAACAACGCUGUCGCCGGUCCCUUUGGCGGCUGCUUUCCCGUCCAGCAAACUGACGUCGACCCCACCGCCAACACACCGCAGAACAUCAAGACGGCCCAAGGUAUCGAUGCCACCCUGGCGCAGGUCCUGUCCAAUCAAAAGGAUCUCCCGGCCGCCGUCCAGGCUAACGCCAAUGCGGGAGCCGAUGGGGCUCAGCAGAACCUCGCCGCCGUUGAGGCCCUCCUCGGCAUUAGCGUUACCACUUCAGUCUUCCCACAGCAGACCUUGGCUCUUCCUGAUGUUUCCACCGAUUCAAGCGCCCCCUCGGCUACUAGCGAAACUGGAAACGGUAACACCAAUAAUCGAGGCCAAGGACGUACGGGAACUGGCGGUAACAGGGGUGGAAACAACAAUAACAACAACGGCAACAGUAACAAUAACAACAGCAACGGAAACAAUAGAAAUAACAACAACAGCAACAACAAUAGGAACAACAAUAACAAUAACGGCGGCAAUGCCAACAAGCGUUCUAACCUAAGGUGGGCAUGGAGGAUGAACUAG